CCCGUCUUAUCAACAACGUUUGUAAGGCAACGGUUCCCAAACCAACCACUGGCACGGGACCUUACCUGUCUUGCUAUAUAGACGUCAGUGCGAGCCGCCGUCGAUCCCUCACACCCAUCAUGGACGCCUGGUUCAAAGAAGCAGCGCAAGGUAAAGACCCGCAUAAGCGCAUCAACGUCGUUGAUUCUCCUCGUCCGCUCCGCGUCGAGGUGAACGGUGUCGAAGUUGCGAACACCACCAAGCCGCGACUGCUCUUCGAAGGCAGCAUCCCCCCUCGCAUAUACAUCCCUAAAGAUGACUGCCACAUGGAAUUCUUGAAGUCCACCGAAUUGACUACGCAUUGUCCGUACAAGGGCAAUGCGAAUUACUACACCGUGCAACUCCCGAGCGGGGAUAAAUUCGACAACAUCGUGUGGUGGUACGGCGAACCCUCCACCAGUGACGCUGCCGGGAUCAAAGGAUACGUCUCGUUCUACGACACGAAAGUAGAUCUAUACCUCGACGGUGCUUUGCAGGCGAGGCCGUAAAGCAGACAGGCAGAAGCGUGACAAAUGAAGCUCGAUGUUUCUGUUAUCAUAUACUCCACGGUGUCUUGCGAACUGCGAAUGUCGAGAUGCCCCUGCCAGUCACCACGGUCUGAUCGCCAAAGGGCUGGUCCCAUUCUACGAUACGAAUGCUGACAUGUACCUCGACGUUUGGCAGAAGAGGUCUGCACAACGCUGAGCGAGGCCGUUCAGAAAUAAAUAUUACUAGCCGUAUUCCAAAUUGUCAGUGUCUGCCAACAACGAAGUAGCCCGCCCGAAGCGUGCCCCAUGGUUUGAUUGUGAUACCGCCCAAAUACCGCCUCUGUCAGCGACACUAUGAUCGACUUGAACGGUGGAUGCAGCUUCGCGUCGGUUGCGGUCACUGCUGCUGGAGCUUGUAUUGCCACGUCGAUUUGGAUGCUGAGC